CCUCUCUCUGAGAAUCGUGUGCGAGUGACUAAGUGAUCAUACAGUCAGCCACCAUUAUGAAUCUGCAAGAGGAUAUUAAGACAGAUGAUCCUGAGAUCUACGAACUUGUCCGCCUGGAGAAAGAACGGCAACGUAAGGGGCUUGAGAUGAUAGCAUCAGAGAACUUUGCCAGUCGCUCUGUUCAGCAAGCCUUGGGUUCCUGUCUCACAAACAAGUAUUCCGAGGGUCAGCCCGGACAAAGAUACUAUGGCGGCAACGAGAUCAUCGACAAAGUGGAACUUCUUUGCCAGAAGAGGGCAAGGGAGGCAUUUCGUCUUGAUGCUGACCGAUGGGGCGUGAACGUCCAGCCUCUCUCUGGCUCCCCAGCCAACUUUGCCGUGUACACAGCAGUGGUGGAGCCUCAUGGGAGGAUAAUGGGCCUCUACCUGCCUGACGGCGGACAUCUUAGCCAUGGCUUCAUGACCCAGAACAAACGAGUGUCGGCCACGUCUGUGUUCUUUGAGUCCUUCCCCUACAAAGUCGACCCUUGUACUGGCCUGAUUGACUAUGACAAAUUGCGGGAAAAUGCUCUCAUGUUCCUGCCAAAAGUGAUUGUUGCUGGUGUAAGCUGCUACUCGCGGAACUUGGACUACAAGCGUUUCCGGGAGAUUGCUGAUGAGGUGGGAGCCCUACUGCUGGCCGACAUGGCUCAUGUGAGUGGCUUGGUGGCUGCCGACGAGAUUCCCAGCCCCUUCGAGUACUGCGACAUCGUCACCACGACAACACACAAGACCUUGCGUGGUCCUCGCUCAGGGAUGAUCUUCUAUAGAAAAGGUGUACGGAAGGUGCUGAAAAGCGGGGAGAAUGUGAUGUAUGAUCUGGAGAAGAAUUACAGUGUACUCUGUCAAUACCGGCAUCAGUCGGGACCAAAUAAAAUGCGGUUUUGACAGACUGUUGCCGUAGCCUUGAAGCAGGCUACCAAACCAGAGUUCAAGGUGUACCAGAAACAAGUGAUGGUCAACGCCAAGGCCCUGUGCAGGGGGCUGCAGAACAAGGGAUACACAAUCGUUUCAGGAGGAACUGAUACACAUUUGGUAUUGGUGGACCUCCGGCCCCAGAAGCUGGAUGGCGCACGUGCAGAGAAGGUGCUGGAGGACAUUGGUAUCGCCGUGAACAAAAACACCUGCCCUGGCGACAAGAGUGCUCUGAAGCCUAGCGGACUGCGUAUAGGCACCCCAGCGCUUACCUCACGAGGAUUGACAGAGGGAGAUUUCGAUCGUGUUGUUGAAUUCAUACAUGAAGCUAUUCUCCUUACUCAAGAAGUUGUGAGUUCAAGUGGACCAACAUUACGUGAGUUCAAGACCAAGCUGUCUACAGACCCAGAAGUACUGGACAAGGUCAAGACCUUGAAGACCCGCGUGGAGGAGUUUGCUGUCAAGUUUUCUCUGCCUGGAUUUGAGGACUGGUAGAGUAAAUACACAGAAAGACUGGGAGUAAAUGGCCCUGAACAUGGAUAAGAAAGGUUCAUUACAGGCUGCCCUGACCAUGGACAAGCUGACUCUUUAUGAUUAUCUGCAUCCAUAUUCAUCAUCCGUCUCACUAUCCUUGUGCUUUGAUAACAUGGACAAUGUCACAUCAUGAGCCAUCAAUUGCUAUUUUCAUAUACUGUCAUAAAAUAUGUUUAGUAGUUGGAAUUAGAAACAUUGACAUGAAGAAUUUGAAACAUUUCUCUGACAUUUGGAAUGCUGCAAUAUUGGAAAGGGCUGUAUCUCAGACUGAAGCAUGUCAUUUGUUUCCCCUUGAUCUUGUGAGUGCAGUAUGAAUGAUUUGUUGCCAGUUGAGAGAGAAUGUUAUUGUUGUUAGUGAUUAAUUCUUCUGUAUUCAUUGGUCUGCUGAAUCAGUGGGGACCUGUCUUUGUUUUGGUUAAGGUUGGUUGUAAGAGUUGGGUGCGAGAUUAAACGUUUUUUAACACUUAUGUUUUCAUCUUGUUCACUGCAUGUUAAGUGUUUUCAUGCCUCCGUAUCAUUGAAUGCAAAUAAAAUGUGUGUUCGGAGGGGCAGGGAAAAGAUGGUCCCUCUCCCAUCCAGUUGAGGAAACAUUUAGUUUAAACUUUUAUUGUUUUGAGGUAUAGUAUGGAACCCUCAUGUUCACAACAAACUUGUUCAUAGAAAUCCAUAUUAUUUUACACUUGGUUUAUUAGUUUUAAAAAGCGAAAAAUGGAUUUCUGACAAAUGCUUGUGAUUGCCCACAGGGUAGUAAUGCAUAUGAAAACUGUUUGAAAAAACAUUUUGAAAUCAUAGCUACCCCAUCUGGUGCCUUACAGUUCACCUUGUUGCUCUCAUGGGAAAUGCUGCACUUUGUUCCCACCACAACUGUAUCUGCUGUGUCAGUGGACAACCAGUGCUAAGUAUCCCAUGUUUUAAUGGAGGUUGUUGCAUUCAUACUGUGGGAUACAUGUUGUUCUUCUAUUACUUAAUGAAUUAAGUAUUACUAUUUUUAUGAAUAAAAUGAAGUAUUAUAUA